AGUAGCUAAUUUAAUACACAUUAGCGUUUUCUACAGGUUGUUUGAUUAUAAUGAAUUAUAAUAUGAAUGUAAGAGAGCUGGACAACCCUCGGUCUGUCAGUGGGUGGUGCCUCCAUCAUUUGACGGUUGAGGAGGAGCUAUCUGCAGAUGUUAUGGACUAACUAGCAGAAGUUAAAAUGCGGCACAUGAGUUGAUGCUUGCUCGACUGAAGACACGGCGCAACAUAGAUUAUCCCAAUGGAGAAUUAAUCUGUGGAUUCAACAAUGGUUCUUUGAAACAGGCAGUCUUAGCUUUCCAGUCACACUCCCACCUCCCUCUUUCUUCUCUUGGUGUACAGCCCUCUUUUCAUUUUGACCAGUAUUUUAUUGUUCUGCAAUUUCAACCAGUCUCAGUUUACGCUGCUGGUAGAACGUCUUUGUCACUCCCAGUCACGUCUCUGUUAACUACUCUUGAGUCGAGGCUGAAGGCUGUAAAUCCUCCACAAUGGUUGCUGAGGGGGACUCGGCGUCUCAGGGCAGCGGCGUGCGGCUGAAGCAGGAGAUUUCCCUCCUCCAUGGGGUCUGUCUCAUAGUGGGAAAUAUGAUCGGAUCCGGUAUCUUCGUAUCACCUAAGGGGGUUCUUAAAUAUACAGGCUCAUAUGGCCUGUCCCUGGUGGUGUGGGCCAUUGGAGGGAUAUUUUCUGUGUUUGGAGCGUUAUGCUAUGCUGAGCUAGGAACUACUAUCCGUAAAUCUGGAGCGUCCUACGCCUAUAUCCUGGAGGCCUUUGGAGGCUUAUUGGCUUUUAUACGACUGUGGACGUCGCUGUUGAUAGUGGAGCCAGCCUGUCAGGCGGUGAUCGCCCUGACCUUCGCCAACUACUUGGUCCAGCCCUUCUACCCCUCCUGCCCCUCCCCGUAUGUCGCUGUCCGCCUCAUGGCUGCUGCCAUCAUAGGUCUGCUGACUUUCGUGAACUGUAUGAAAGUGAAAUGGGGAGCUAUUCUUCAGGUCAUCUCCACCGUAGCAAAGGUCCUAGCUCUCAUCGUCAUCAUCAUUACUGGCAUGAUUAAGCUUGGACAAGGUUUCCACCAGAACUUUGAGGACUCCUUCAAAGGCUCCAAGCUGGACCCCGGUAACAUGGCCUUGGCCCUCUACGCAGCCCUGUACUCCUACUCAGGUUGGGACACGCUCAACUUCAUCACAGAGGAGAUUAAAAACCCAGAAAGGAAUCUGCCUUUGUCCAUUGCUAUUUCCAUGCCCAUUGUCACUGUGAUCUACAUCUUGACCAACAUCGCUUACUACGUGGUGAUGGAUGCAGACCAAGUGCUCACCAGUGAAGCUGUUGCUGUGACGUUUGCUGACGAGGUGCUGGGCUGGGGUCGAUGGAUGAUCCCGCUCUCUGUGGCCAUUUCCUGCUACGGAGGCCUCAACUCCUCCAUCAUCGCUGCCUCCAGGUUGUUUUUCGUCGGAUCCAGAGAAGGUCACCUACCUAAUGUGCUGUGCAUGAUCCACAUCAAGCGUUUCACACCAAUCCCUGCUCUGCUUUUCAAUGGUGGCAUGUCUCUGUUAUACCUGUCCGUGCCUGACGUUUUCCAGUUGAUCAACUACUUCAGUUUCAACUACUGGUUGUUCAUCGGCCUGUCGAUAGCCAGCCAGAUCUACCUCCGCAUUAAAUUUCCCGAUAUGCGAAGACCUGUUAAGCUGUCUUUGUUCUUCCCCAUCGUGUAUUGCUUGUGCAGCGUUUUCCUGGUAGUUGUUCCCCUCUACAGCGACACCAUCAACUCUCUGGUGGGGAUUUCUGUGGCCUUGUCUGGUGUACCUGUGUACUACUUCUGCAUCUACCUGCCAGCCAGCUCCAGACCAGCCUUCCUCAAUACAAUGCUUGAUAGGAUCUCUCUGUACACCCAGAAACUGUGCAUGUGCUGUGUGGCUUCGCCUGAUAUCGACCUGGACAAUAUAGACCAGGAGAAGAUUGAAUGAUGGAGCAACAAAGGCCUUGUGUGGAAUGGAAUAACAAGAAUGAACACAAAGGAAAGCUUUGAGCUGUAUAACUUGAUGAAGAAGAAACGGGAGAGGUGAGCUGUACACAUAUCUUCUCCUCUUCUCUCACAUUUGAGCCAUAUCGUAAAAGGACCAGGAGUGGAUAAGUACACCACCC